CACUUUACUGGGGCCUCAAUCCCGCCUGGACUAUGUGUCGGGAUGGCAAGUUCCAGUCCCCAAUAGACAUCAAACCACGUGACCUCCUGUACGACCCUUCUCUUACAUACUUGAACAUACAAACCAAGAAGAUUACAGGUAACUUGACGAAUACGGGCCAUGAUAUCACUCUCCACAUAGACGAAACCUAUAUCAAACUACUGAAUGCCUCGAUGGGCCCGCUCCAGUAUAACUACCACAUCUACCAGGUCAAAGUGCACUACGGAAGAGAGGAGAAUAUGGGAUCAGAACAUACCAUUGAUGGACAACAGUUACCCGCUGAGAUACAAGUUUAUGCGUACAAUUGCGAUCUCUACAACAACGCGUCACAAGCGAUGGCUUCGCCGAAGGGAAUUGCAGUGUUUGCCAUUUUCGCAGUGUUUGGAAGUCCAGACAACGAAGCAUUUAGAUUAAUGUCGGCAAGAAUAGAAGAUGUCCUGUUAAAAGGUAAAGUUAUCUCCCUUACCGGAAUUCCUAUAGACAUAUUAUUUCCUGAUACCAAUCAUUAUGUCACAUAUGAGGGAUCAUUCACUCAACCUGGGUGCCAUGAGUCAGUCACGUGGGUUGUAUUCAACAAGCCAAUCAAAAUUCAGAAAUGGCAGCUGGAAUCCUUUCGACAAAUCAAACAAGGCGGGGAGGAUAACUCGGAUUUAAUGUUGGAGAAAAACCACAGGCCAACUAUGCCUCUUAAUAAUCGAGUAGUACGGACGAAUAUUAAUUUUAAUGUCCCGACCGAUACAUGUAGUAUGAAGAUACGACGAUUUUACGGAGUAAACAGUCAAUUCAGCUUGUAGAGGAAGUACGCAAAGGAAGUUACGCCAGUGCCUAUAGGCUUUGUCGUCGUGGAUGCCAAACAGAACACCAACCUCCCCAUCCAGAAAUCAAGCAUCAUCCAUGUUCUCAAUAGCUAUCACAUACAAACAUUUACAUCUAAGUAACGCUGUCAAUGUGAAACUAUUGAAAAUCGUUUGUAACUUUGGGUCUAUAUUAAGUAUUUCUUUUUCUGUGUCAAAGUAAGACCUCUUGAUUAGAAAUAUGUUGAAAAUAGAAUCUAAACUAUAUUCCGAUUGGCGAGGUUCCUAGGUAAACAAUCAUUUAACACAAGAUUACUCUCAACAUUUAUCCGAGACAACUUUUCCUGCGUAUGUGUAAAUGUUUGAUUUCGAUUUCUGCUUCCUUAGUGGAAAUGGUUAUGCUUAACGCUUUCAAAAUGGUAGUUUCACAUUCUCUAAGAAGAUCAAUGUUAUUAAAGAAAAAAUCCUAAAUCGUGAUUGCAAACAAUCCUUCUCAAUAAUAAAACCGUACCAAAUACAGCCUAAAUGGAGACAACAUGUAUCAGUUUUAAGGAGUGAAGCUAAAAAGUUUGUACAUUUAUGAAAGUGUGAAUAUUUCUGAGUGAUAUUGUUCUGACAAAAUGUGUCAGGUGAAGGUAAUGCGAUGAUGAAUAUCAUGUACAUUGGAAGGUGCUGAUCUUAUGUAAGUCAAUGUUUAUAAUAACCUACACUAUGCUAGAUUCAUAUGUGUGAUGAAAUGAUAGUAACUUGUUGGUGCAAUUGCAGUUUAGUUUUUGUCAUGUUUCAUAUCAAAAAACAGAAUUUCGGAUAUGUAGCAAUGACCAAGAACUUUUCAAAUGCAUAUACAAUAAUUCGUGACCAGAGCACACAUGAGCUAAAUAUGUCCUACAAAAAUAAUAUUCGCAUUUUUUCUGUGAAAAAUGCUGUUUGCAUUUUUGCUGUGAAAAUGCAAAAAUAAAAAUAUUCAUGUUUGCGUUCAAUAAUCAUAUCUGGUGACCUUAUGUAAAUACAUUUUUGCCAAUCUUUUAAUGUUAAAGUAUAUAGAAUUCUGUUUUAAUACAAACGUCCUGAAAUGUUUGACUUUUCGCCUGUUCGAUUGAUCAUUGUAUGAAUGUUGACCCUGGUAAAUGAGAAAAUGAAAGAGAACUUGAACAGUCCUAAGCCAGUGAUUAAAUGUUUUGAACAGAUAAUUAUUUGGUUAAGGACAGUGAUAACAUUUCAUAUGCGUGUAAACUUAACAAUGAAUUACUUAAAUAGCCAAACAAUUCGUUACGUGAGAUUUAUUCAUGACCGUAUUUCAUAAUCAUGUACUUAGGAUGCGACUUUGAAAUCAUGCUUCAAGGAAGGCGUUUGUUGUCCCGGCGGACUUGAAGCAUUCCUCGAAGUUUAAAACAUCAAUGCCAGAAAACACAUACAUGAACAAAUAGAGUUCUGCUGUUUCCGUACGGCAGUAACAAUGUUCAAAUAAAACAAUAACUAAACGCUAGGAUGCAUGAUGAUAUGUUUCGUUUUAGCGAUGUUUCGUGUUUAUGAAUCAGUGAAAUAAACCGGUAAAUAACAUAACUACAAGAUAUAGUUUAAUGUUUUGCCAAACUUUUAUAUGCUGAAACAUAGGAAGAAUAGCAGUUGUAAUGACUGAUGGUUAUAAUUACGAUAUUGCUUUAUGUGUGUACGUGUAACGCCAUAUGUGAUGUAUUGCAUUGCUGAAUGUUCACAAUAAAGUACAAAUUAAUUAGCUUGAAAUAAUUAACAGGACAUACAAAUGGAAUGGUCUACAUUCUCCCUGACAUAUGCAAUAAACAUGUCCGAAUAUUGACAUUUUAUCAGACUGGAUAAUGCGUAGGUGACACAAAUAUCUGUAUUUACGGCUGGAUCUUUGAGAAUACAGUUGCAUGCUUAGAAGUAAUUAAGUUAAUUACUUAUUUGCAUGACAAUAUUGCGUUUUGUCGAUAUGUGUAGAGCCUUGCCAAAAAGGUGGUCUAAACGUGAGCUGUCAAAUAUGUUUCACCGACUUAUAGUCAUCAGUAGGUAUGUCGUCUAUACCACACUCUCACAAAUGCCAUUACAUUCUUAUUAAAACUUCUGGAGGUAACAUAAUGAAAAGAAUUCAUAAUUUUGCAUAUAUAGUUAUCAUAUCUAAUCAAACUGUGCUUGAAACCAAGAGCUAAAAGUACAGCCUAGCGAACACUGAUAAUGGUCAGUAUAAUCAAGUGUAUCAGGUACAAUCUUUAAACGACUUCCGGAUAGUUCAUGAAUUAUAUAUUUGGACAUCGACGGAAUUGUUUCCGUCUUACUUAAUCAGUUUAACCCAUUAUCACGUGAUCUCAUUGAUGAUAAUCGGAUUAAACAUUGUCCAAUCAACCCACUCCUAGAGCGAGUUACAAUAAAAUAAAUACAGGACUCGGUCAAAGAAUAAAUCUAGCCGUAUUUUAUAUGAACUUAGAGAUACAUGUAUAUUGGUGUAUAUAUUGCAAUGAAGCCUCCUCUACAGAUAUUCCAUAUGAUGGAUUUAUAAUGAAUGAUAUCAUAGAUUAGAAUUUCCAUGUAUGGUGUUCUUUAAGUGUACAUGUAUGCUUAAUUUCUGUAUCAUAUAAUGCAAAAAUCAAAUUCAACAGAAACAAACAGCGAAAGCCAAAACUAUGUUCUGUGUAAUUACUGUGGUGUUGUUAAUUGUACCAAACGUCAGUAGUAGCUGUCAAUAUGCCAGUGUGUCUAAUAUGACUAUGGAGGAAAUACUGCUGACCGCUGACAUUGUCGUUUACGGAAAAGACAAGAUGCAUGGGAAAUUACGUCAUCCUAAUGCGAUUGACAGUCGUUUUGAUGUAUAUUGUAUUUUAAAAUACGACAAUUUCAAAAUUCCUGGAGAAAUUAUCAUCGAAUCUGUUGACGAAUCGGUUCCAUGUUAUCCUGUUCAAAAUCAAACGAAGGUAGGCGAGGAAUACAUUCUUGGCCUAACAAGAAUGACAAGUGGAUUCACGAGAUAUGCGCAAGUCAAUCCGGGACAACAUUCUGCUUUCCCACCUUCUGAGGAAAACUUCGAAAAACUAGCCAAACUUUGUGAAAUGCAGGUUUGGAAGGAUCCCGAAAAUGGGAGUCGAGGUAAAUGUCCAAGUUUACCUAAACCAAAAAACUGCAAAAGUUUACAAGGAACUACUGCUGCAAGGAAGAGUACAUUCUGGGAUAUCUUGUUUGGAUCAAACUCUACCACUAUGCCAUCAACAUCACUCAGUGUAAUAGCGCUUACGUAUAUUUGUAAUCUAAUUAUAUUGUCUCUUUCGUGAACAUUAUUAAAAAGGGUGAUGCAAACCAAUAUUUCUCUUGCAAAAUGUAAAUGUUCUUGAUAUUCCAGAAUAAAUAUAUUUAUGUAAA